GUUUGCCGGCUCAUACAGUCGUGAUGAGACUUCUCGUAUUUAUUAUACUAUAUUACUUAUGGAAAAAAAGGCAACGACGACGACGUAUACAAGUACAUCCUUACAAUGCCACUAGAUUGCUGAGAGGCGCGUUCUCUACAUCGUUUGCGGAUUUAAGAGAACAUAGUGACAAGUUCUUUAAACAUUUUCGUCUGUCUAUAACAACAUUUAAUGAAUUACUCUGCAAGAUAGAACAUAAUUUAAAAAGAUCAAGUUUACGUCGAGCACCUAUAGAACCAGUUGAAAAGUUGGCGAUUACCUUAAGAUUCUUAGCUACUGGGAACACUUACUCCGAUCUACAUGUCACAUACAGAAUGGGCGUUACUACUAUAAGCAAAAUCGUCAAGGAAGUUUGCUGUGAGAUAUGGGAAAAACUACGCGAAGAAUGCAUUCCUCAACCGACAACGCAAAUGUGGCAACGUAUUAGUGCAGAGUUUGAGAUGUAUGCAAACUUUCCUAACUGUUGUGGGGCAAUAGAUGGUAAACAUAUACGCAUAGUUAAUCCCGCAGGUGGAGGGUCAAUGUUUUACAAUUACAAACAUUUUUAUUCUAUUGUCCUUCUGGCAAUGUGCGAUGCCAACUAUUGCUUUACUUAUGUCAACAUUGGUUCUUGUGGGAAAAACUCUGAUUCCACCAUAUUCCAAAACAGUGUACUAUUUCAACAGUUAGAAAGAAAUAAUUUAAGGUUACCGGCUCCAAAGUACCUGCAAGGAUCUAAUAUUGUGGCACCUCAUAUAAUAAUUGGUGAUGGUGCAUUUGGCAUAUCGAACUAUGUGAUGAAACCUUAUCUUCGAAAUGAUAUGAGCCACAAACAGAAGAUAUUCAAUUACCGUCUAAGCCGUGCCAGAAGGUACAUAGAAUGUACAUUUGGAAUAUUAUCAAACAAGUUUAGAGUGUUUCACACUCCAAUGAACGUGAGCUUCUCCAACGCAAAAACUAUAGUUAAAGCUUGUUGCGUAUUACACAAUUUUAUCAGAGUGCGAGACGGCUACAAUGGAAAUGACUUAUUAAGCAUUAGUGGUUUGAUUGACAUGAAUCUUCAGCCAGUUUCUAGAACAGGAAACACACUACGCGAAGUGUUUGCCGAUUACUUUAUAUCGCCUGCUGGCAGUGUUUCGUGGCAAGACAGACAAAUAUUCUAGAGGUACCUACCUAGUACCUAUUUGAAAGAACUUAUUAGUGGAAUUGAAUUCAUUGUCGUCCUUUCAAGUAUAGACUAUAGUGAUGAUUCAUAGUCAUUUAUGACUAAUCUAAUGUGUUUUUUCUGCAAGUAAACCGUUGAAGAGUGUUCAAAUCAUCAAAAAUCCACAAUCUUAUUUUUAAAUCCAUAAAGAUAGUGCUCCAACAAGUAAAAUUGAUCAAUUUACCUUAUCUUACCCUACAUAUCGAUUGAAAUCUUACCCUACAUAUGUUUAACGACGACUUUUAUACCAACAUAAUAUAAAUUUUAUAUUAUAAAUGUAAUUGAUAAAAAUACAAAUUUUAUAAACAUACCUUUGUCUUUCUUUAUGUAAUUUUCUCCAAAGAUUGCUUCUCCAACUUCUUCCCAAGCCUUAUUUUUUGCGUCUUUGUUUUUGUAUAAUUCGUUCGAUGGAUCCCACAGCAACGGUCGAAAGCGAACUUCUUCAAUCAAUCGACCCGUAUCGAUAUAAUUCGCAUUCAUUUUGGCGACGACGGUACGCAUGCGCGCGUCCGACCGGCGAGACUGUGCAACGCACACUGAACACAAUGACUCCUCGCCCGCACGCGGUUGAAAAGCGCGGCUGAAUUGCCGUCAACGCGGGCCAUCCGCGUGACUAUGUAAUGAUCCAUGAGACGCAAAGCUCGUGGCCCGCGACGCUUACCAACUGCGCUGGCGAAAGCGUCACUGUAAAACCACACUA